CUUGAUCCUUGUCUUCCCGCAGUCUAGGCCGAGGCCUGGCGUCGUGUCUGUUUUAGCCUGUGGACGAUCUAUCCCCCACCCACCCACCGAAGGAUAUGGACCGCCAGCGGUGUCCGCUUCAUUGAGUUCCCGAUCGUCGGCGCGACCAUGAACCCGGCGGCGAUGCUGAGCUGCGGCCUGGUGGAGCCGAACCCCGUCACCCUGGCGCUGCGGAACGACCUGGGCUCCAACAUCCACCACCUCAAGACGCUCAACCUACGCUUCCGCUGUUUCCUGGCCAAGGUCCAUGAGCUGGAGCGGCGUAACAAGCUACUGGAGAAACAGCUGCAGGACGCGCAAGAACCGCGGCGGAGCCUGCUCGGCCGCUCCCGGUCCAUCGCCACACAGACUCCACUCGACUAUGGUGCCGGCUUCACGCUGGGCUCAUGUUACAGCUACUCGGGCUACGGUUAUGCCCCCGGCUCGGGCAGCGGAUACACCCCCGGCUCGGGCAGCGGAUAUACCCCGGGCACUGACACCGGCUACACCCCGGGCAGCAGUUAUACCCCCGGUCUGGGCACCGGCUAUACGUCUGGCCUGGGUACCGGCUCCGGCUACACCCCGGGUACCGGCGCCAGUUACACCUCGGGUACCGGCUCCGGCUACACCCCGGGUACCGGCUCCGGCUACACCCCGGUCACCAGUUCCAGCUAUACCGGUUCCAAUUGCACCCUUAAUUCCAAUUACACCCCCAGGACUGGUACGGGAUUUUCUCCAAGUGGGGUCUCUAUGCCUCAUUACUCGAGCCGCCUCCCCGGUACCAUUUGGAGCUUCACCCACGUUAGGAAGGUGGGAGGCGGCCUAGAGACUGUGCAAGGUCCUGGGGUAUCCUGGACCCACCCGGACGGAGUGGGCGUUCAGAUCGACACCAUCACCCCCGAACUGCGGGCCCUGUACAACGUGCUAGCCAAAGUGAAGAGAGAACGAGACGAGUACAAGAAAAAAUGGGAACAAGAACUCAACCUUAGGCAGCAUCUGCAGGAGAUUGUAGCUGCUCUACAGGUGGAUUCACAAGAAGCUGAAGCCAUUCAAAAGGAACUCAAUGAGAAAGUGGAAAAAUUGAAAUCUGAGCUGGUAGUAUUUAAGAGCCUGAUGAGUGAUGUUAGUAGUUUGAAGCAAAUGUCUGACCUGGAUACCAAGAUUCAAGAGAAAGCCAUGAAAGUGGAUAUGGAUAUCUGUCGUAGGAUUGACAUCACUGCCAAACUCUGUGACGUGGCACAACAACGAAAUUCUGAGGACAUGAGCAAAAUAUUCCAGGUGCCAACUGUCAGCAAAAAGAAAGAGAAAGAUAAGGAGAAAGAGAAGAAGCCCGCAUGUGAUGAUGAGAGCUCUGAAACUGAUGGAGAUACAACGCGGCAUUCGGAUGAUGAUGUGAGCACAUCUAUUAAUAUAACAGAUGAAAUGAAACGGAUGCUCAAUCAGCUGCGAGAGACUUUUGACUUUGAAGAUGAUUGUGACAGUUUAAGCUGGGAGGAAAACGAAGAGACUCUACUACUCUGGGAAGAUUUCUCUGAGUACACAAACAUUGUGGAGCCUCCUGCAGAGGAUGAAACUUUGGAAACGGUGAUCAAAGAAACAGAAUCACUUUUCAAGACCAGAGAAAAGGAGUAUCAAGACACUAUUGGCCAAAUAGAGCUGGAGCUGACCAGUGCCAAAAGUGACAUGAACCGUCACCUCCACGAAUACAUGGAAAUGUGCAGCAUGAAGCGUGGCCUAGAUGUCCAGAUGGAAACCUGUCGUCGGCUCAUUAAACAGUCAGGAGGCAGAAAUUCCCCAUCAGUCAGUUCUGCCGCAAGUAGUGACUCAGGAAACACAGAUGAUAUUACAGAUGAACUUGAGCGCGAUGGAGAAGGCGAUAGUUCUGUCAGCUGAUGAAUGAUACAAGUGAAGUGGACACAAUCUGCCUGUACCCACAACAAUCACCUUUUAACCCUAUUUUUGGUAGGGUGCAAAGGGCUUUGUUCAUAUACAUAUAGUCAAGCCCUAAGCAUUGGUGCUGUACAUUUGUAUAGUUGUACAGAAUAUCAUCGAACAGAAUUGGAAAAGCAAUGACAACUUCCCACCUGGUGCAGAAACCCACCAUGAUAACUACUAUGCAAGUGGCUUGCCUUACACGUCGACAGCCUUCAUCUUGAUGAGGGAGCUAAACUCCACAGCAUUUCUGAAAAAAUGCUGAACUAUCUUUGAAAUGCAUGUGGCAGCUGAUAAAUAUUAAUGUCUGGGUUAAAGAAGUGGAUUAUUCGUAUAGUUUGUUUAUGCUAGUUGAUAGAGAGGAUCAGCAAGGACCAUUCUGGGUUUCUGCAUAUCCUUAAUGUAAAGUAUUUCAAUCAGAUUAAACUGUAAUUAAUUAUGUAAUUACCAAAAACAGUGUGAACUGUUUGAUGUGGUCUAUUCAUCUGCACUGGAAGUUAGUAACGCCAUAAAGCUCUACUGUCUUUAUUCUCUGCAAACCAAUGUUGCUAAGGAACUGGAUUAUUGUGUCCUGCACAGAAUUGUUAUUUCUUUGGGCUGUAUUUAAUGUCCUAACAUUGCCAGGGCUUUGAGAAUGUACAAUGUUGUAUUUGGAGGAUAAAUUAUAAACUCUUUGUAGGUUGCUCUUCAUAUCUGAAGAACCGGAUUAAAGUUAUAGAUGGAAAA